AUGAAUGAAUGUUGCUUGAAACGAAUGAAACUGGACUCACGUGGAGCAUUUCAGACGCAAAGUAGGAAUGUACUCAAGGCUUCAUAUGAUGGUAUCAGCAUUGCUAAAGCUAAACAGAAAAAUCCUCUUACUAUUGGCGAAACUCUUAUAAAACCUUGUGCUUUAAAGAUGGUUAACCUUGUUUUGGGAGGUGAUAGUGCGAAAAAAAUUCAGCAAAUAGCACUCUCUGACAACACAGAAUCAAGACGCAUUGAAGAAAUUUCUAUUGAUAUAAAAGAACAAGUGAACAAGGAGAUAAAAGAUGUUGGCUUAUUUGCUCUGCAGUUAGAUGAGUCCACUGAUGCUUCAUCUUAUUCACAACUUAUUGUAUUUACUAGAUACGCUCAUGAGGGAAACUUAAAAGAGGAAUUUCUUUUCUGCCAGCCACUUGAAACUACCACCAACGGUGAAGAUAUUAUGAAAGAGGUAACAAACUACUUCAGUGAGUUAGGACGAUCAUGGAUGAAAGUGUGUGCAGUGUGUACUGACGAGGCACCUGCCAUGUUAGGUUCAAAAUCGGGUUUUGUGUCUAGAGUUAAAGAGAUUACUCCUGAGGUUACAAUGACUCAUUGCAUGAUCCAUCGUCAGGCACUUGCAUCUAGAACCCUCCUUAGGGAACUCCAAGCCAUCUUAGACAACGCUAUAAAGAUAUGUAAAAUCUAUGACUGUGGACACUCGUCUUUUCAAACAGUUGUCCAAAGAUUUAGAUUCCGAGAAUCAACCUCUGCUUUUCUACACUAA